AUGGAGGCUACUGAUAAACCCGACAACACGCAAACCUUGCUGAUCGUUGACCGACCCAUCGAUAGGUUAAUGAACAGCGAGGAGCUGUUAAAAGCUCAGAGAUACCCUCUGAGUUUUUUUCACCAGCAGAAUCGAGAAGCUGUCAGCCAGUUCUGUGGCUCCUCUGUUUAUCAAUCCCUGCAACGACAUGACCUCCAAAAGGCCAAGGCGCGACUUCUGCAGUUUAGGGUUAGUGUCGCGAGGUUGAGGCUCGCAGGUGCCAAGGAGCCUCGACGCCGUAUCGUUGACCAAAUCCGCUAUGCCCGUUCGCGCGGUGCCAACCACGCGACGAUAUCAAUCAUGUCUCCUAAACGGCCACCCAUCUUUGGAGUCUUCCUACUCUUGAUACAAACGCCAUCCAGCGUUGCCUUCAGAACGUGCUAUGCUCCAGAUGGCACAGUCGCAGACUCGCGCUUCCUACCAUGUGUUGGCUUCGAUGGCAUUGAGUCCAUGUGUUGUCGAAUGAACAGCACCAACCCUGAUAUGUGUCAAAGUAAUGGACUUUGCUAUUGGCCAGACCGGAACACCUAUUAUCGAAACUAUUGCACAGACGAGACCUGGAAAAGUUCUAAUUGUCUCCCCAAAGACCUGUGUGAUAGCUCUAAUGGCGGCGACUCCAGUGUCGGCUCUCAAAUCAUCCUGUGUCCCAGUGACUCGGGCACCAAGUACUGCUGCGGAACAUCCACCAGCUGCUGCGAUAAGGCAUUUACCCUCAAACCCAGUCUCAUCAAUCUCGGCACAACAGUGACCGCGACUGAGACCAAGACCAUGGCCGCUACUGCUGGUGCUGCGACCACAGCUACAGAUGCAGCAUCUAGUGAGACAGCCGCUUCAUCGCCAUUGUCUUCCUCUCCUUCCUCUUCCACCACCUCCUCUUCCUCUUCUUCAUCGCCAUCAUCAAACAAAAUUGCCAUUGGGGUUGGUGUGGGUGUUCCUUUGGGCAUUUUGGCAUUUGCAAUGCUCGGAGCGGGAUACUGGUGGGGCCGGCGAAAGGGCCGAACAGAACAGAGCGCCCAGGAUCUCAAGGGACCACAGGUGAUAUAUCGUGAAGCUGAUUCCCAUCCUGUUCAUGAGCUCGGAUCCACGGGCCGGUCAGAGCUGUCAGUCUACAAGAAUCCAACCCAGUAG